AUGUUCAUAAACCGAUGACUAUUCUCUACCAAUCACAAGGACAUUGGCACUUUAUAUCUACUAUUUGGUGCCUGAGCAGGAAUAGUAGGCACCGGCCUAAGCUUGUUAAUUCGUGCUGAAUUAGGCCAACCUGGCUCACUUAUUGGAGACGACCAAAUUUAUAACGUACUAGUAACAGCCCACGCCUUCGUGAUAAUCUUCUUUAUAGUAAUGCCUAUUAUAAUUGGAGGGUUUGGAAACUGACUUGUCCCUUUAAUAAUCGGAGCCCCCGACAUGGCUUUCCCUCGUCUAAAUAACAUAAGCUUUUGACUGCUUCCUCCUUCUUUCCUACUACUAAUAGCAUCCUCAAUAGUUGAAGCCGGCGCAGGCACAGGCUGAACUGUGUACCCCCCUCUAGCAGGAAAUCUAGCACAUGCAGGAGCCUCAGUCGACCUUACUAUUUUCUCUCUACAUCUAGCCGGCGUAUCUUCAAUCCUCGGGGCUAUCAACUUCAUUACAACUAUUAUUAACAUAAAACCACCCGCUAUAACCCAAUACCAAACACCUUUAUUCGUAUGAUCAGUCUUAAUUACAGCAGUCUUACUCCUAUUAUCACUACCUGUCCUAGCAGCCGGAAUUACCAUGCUACUAACUGAUCGAAACCUAAACACAACCUUUUUCGACCCUGCAGGAGGAGGCGACCCAGUCCUAUAUCAACACUUAUUCUGAUUUUUUGGUCACCCCGAAGUAUAUAUUCUAAUUCUACCCGGCUUCGGGAUAAUCUCACAUAUCGUAACCUACUACUCGGGAAAAAAAGAGCCCUUUGGAUAUAUAGGGAUGGUGUGGGCUAUAAUUUCUAUUGGUUUCCUAGGUUUCAUUGUAUGAGCUCACCAUAUAUUUACAGUCGGAAUAGACGUAGACACACGAGCAUAUUUCACAUCAGCUACCAUAAUUAUUGCUAUUCCCACAGGGGUAAAAGUCUUUAGCUGACUGGCAACACUCCACGGAGGAAAUAUUAAAUGAUCUCCAGCCCUAAUAUGAGCCCUAGGCUUUAUUUUCCUAUUCACAGUAGGAGGCUUAACCGGUAUUAUCCUAGCCAACUCAUCCUUAGACGUCAUCCUCCACGACACAUAUUAUGUAGUCGCACACUUCCACUAUGUGCUUUCAAUAGGGGCUGUCUUCGCCAUCAUAGGAGGUUUCGUCCACUGAUUCCCACUAUUUUCAGGUUAUACACUCAAUUCAACAUGGACAAAAACUCAAUUCGUAAUCAUAUUCGUAGGUGUGAAUGUAACAUUCUUUCCACAACACUUCCUCGGUUUAUCUGGAAUACCCCGUCGAUACUCUGAUUACCCAGACGCCUACACAACAUGAAACACCAUUUCAUCAAUAGGCUCUUUCAUCUCACUAACAGCAGUCAUACUUAUAGUCUUCAUUAUUUGAGAAGCAUUUGCAUCCAAACGAGAAGUGUCCGCGGUAGAUCUCACCCAUACAAACCUCGAGUGAUUAAACGGAUGUCCUCCACCAUAUCAUACAUUUGAAGAACCAGUGUACAUUAACCCAAAGAGUGCAAGA